AUACAAGUUAUUAGCAAAUCCAGAGAUUCAUUUCGAAGUCAAAGUCGGUUUUUCAAGGUAUAGAAUCAUGGAUCCUGCGCUCGAUAAAGCCAGUGCUUACCCCCAAGAGCCAGCACCUCCGAACCAAGGAGCUCCGCCAGCUUCAGGAGGCGGAGGUGCCGCCCAAGAUUACCGCUUGCGUGUGUUGCUGGAGCCCCGUGGAUUCUUACGGGCAAUCGAAUUCAUCCUUGCUGUUUGUAUGUUUGCCACGACUGCUGGGUAUGCCACAUCAUAUUCCUUCUCAACAUCAUGUUCUCUAGGACACACUUACACAGUGAAGGUUGAAUACCCAUUCAGUAUUGAGAGCAGCGCAUUGCCUGCACUGUGCAAUGCAACGACAGCACCUACAGUGUCCUCAAACCCUUCCGGAUCAGCGCAGUUCUUUGUAGCCGUUGGGGUGCUGGCAAUGCUCUAUACAAUAGGUUCAGUUCUGUGGUAUGUUAUCUAUGAGGCUAGGUACCCAGACAAGGAGAUCCACUAUAUGUGUGAUCUGGUGAUCACAGGUGUGUUCGUACUACUUUUCUUCAUCUCAUCAUGUGCGUGGGCUGCAGGGCUUAAUGAUGUCAAGUACUGGACUAACUUCAACCACCUAAAGGAUAGUCCCACUGUCUACGGUGACGUAUGCGGCCAGAAUGGUGUCACCUGUGAAUCACAAACGAGCCCAAAAUAUUCAUCUCUCAACUUUUCAGUGGUAUUUGGUUUCCUCAACACGGUUGUCUGGGGAGGCAACUUGUGGUUCAUCGCCAAAGAGACAACAUGGUUCAAGCAACGCAUGGAGAACAAAGCUGGAGGUGCUGGAAAUCCCCCUGCUAAUCCCAACACUGUUUAAUCCUCGCCCAUCUCUCUAUAGAUAGCGCAUUCAUAUGCCCAGCUGUAGUCCUAGGUUUGUACCAGUUGGUUUGAUCCCAGUUUGUCUAAUUCUAAAGUUUGCUAAACUCCGCUACUGUCGAGGGUUAAACUCAUUUUUUCCACUAUCAUUUUGGUCUAUUUGCCAUAAUGUUCAAUCAUCACUUGGUCCAAUGUGGGCUAUAUUGUCAUUUGGUCUAAUUAUCAAAUGGUAUAGUUGUCAUCUGUGACUGUUAGUUCUACUAAUAGACCAAGUGGGCAUUUCAUGAAUUCGCUUUGCUGGAAACUAGUAAAAAUGUAAAUUUGCUUAUUAAUAAUUAGACCAAAUGGCUAUUUCAUAAACUUGUUUGAGAUGACGUAGGAUCAGGCGAAGCAGGCAAUUGAUGUAGAAGAUUAGUCCAUGUAUAGCGAAUGAUUGAAUGGAUAUGCAAAACUCACCAAAGAUUGUGUCACAGGACUUCAUAUAUGAUCAGAGCCACAUAACAUAAAGCCUUGCUAUCAAUUUAAAAAAAAAAUGUUAGUGGCCAAUCAGGUUCAUUGUUGCAUGUGCGUAUUGUUGAGCAUACCUACUAUCAACCAAUCAGAUUCAUUGUAAAUUUACAACUGGUUGCAAUCAAUCACAUG